AUGGGCAGCCCAGAGAGGGCUCUUCUUGGCGGGUUCAGCACCACCACUUCUUCUCUGGAGGUCGGUGGUCGGAUGGCUUGGCCAAGCAUAAACCCCCUGGACCUCAACCAAACCCUGACAUGGGGGAUAGGGUUCAUAGGCAGCGCCGGCGGUGCGGCAGCCAUGAGUGCCGGUCUGGACAAUUUCACCCAGGAGUCGGUCACCAUGGCGGCGUUGAAGGAGAAAAACUGGCCGGCGCUGCUCAUACUCGUCAUCAUCGCGCUGACGAUCGGCGGAAACAUCCUGGUGAUCCUGGCGGUGUCGCUGGAGAAGAAGCUCCAAAACGCCACCAACUUCUUCCUGAGGUCGCUGGCCGUGGCCGACAUGCUCGUAGGCAUCCUGGUCAUGCCGAUCUCCCUCAUCAACAUCCUCUAUGACUACGCCUGGCCUCUCCCCAGCGCCCUGUGUCCCAUCUGGAUCUACCUGGACGUGCUGUUCUCCACCGCCUCCAUCAUGCACCUGUGCGCCAUCUCCCUGGACCGAUACGUCGCCAUCCGCAACCCCAUCGAGCACAGCCGCUUCAACUCCAGAACCAAAGCCAUGAUGAAGAUUGCCGCCGUGUGGACCAUAUCUAUAGGUGUGUCGAUGCCUAUCCCGGUGAUCGGCCUCCACAACGAGGACAAGGUCUUCGUCAACGGCAGCUGUGUCCUCAACGAGGAGCGCUUCAUGCUGAUUGGUUCGUUCGUGGCCUUCUUCAUCCCGCUGGUCAUCAUGGUGGUGACGUACUGCCUCACCAUACAGGUGCUCCAGAGGCAGGCCACUGUCUUCCUGUGCGAGUCGAAGUCUUCGUCCCAGCAGCCUUUGCACACACCAGCCCCCCCUUCCCCCACAGAGUUAAAGCCCCCGCCUCCUCAGAGCAGACGGAACACCUUGAGCUGUCUGAAAGGAGCAGAACCCAGCAUGCUGCUCAGCACCUCCACGCCAGACAGCCUAAGCAUCAUUCCCAGCUCAGAGGUGGCGUCUCAGCUCAGCUCGCCAGCCGCGGGGCCGGGGCGGAGCGACAACUCGGGUUGCCACGGGCGACGGGGCAUGAUGCAGGCGAUAAAGAACGAGCGGCGGGCCUCCAAGGUCCUGGGUAUCGUCUUCUUCCUCUUCCUCAUCAUGUGGUGUCCCUUCUUCAUCACCAACGUCACCUUCGUCCUGUGCCGGGGCUCCUGCAACGAGUCGCUGCUCAACGACCUCCUGAACGUGUUCGUGUGGGUGGGCUACAUCUCCUCGGGGGUCAACCCUCUGGUCUACACCCUCUUCAACAAGACCUACAGGAGGGCCUUCUCCAGCUACAUCAGGUGUCGGUACAAAGUCGGGGCCAACCCGGCCGGACAGAGUUGCAAAACCCUCCUGGUCCCCCCGCCGUGCUCGUCGCACGCCGUGACCCCGCUCCUGAUGGGCGGUCACGGGAAAGCGGGCGUGGACCGCAAUAGCAACUGUCGCAACGGCGGUCGGGGGGACAACGGGAGGCUGGCGGUGGACCCGGACGACAUCACGGACGACGAGACGCAGAUCGGAAUCGUGUCGCACUGCCUCUCCGACUGCCACAACGCCGGCGGGCUUUCGGAGGCGGAGCUUGAGACGGAGGUGGAGCAGGAGCUGUCGCUAAUCAGCUACAUCCCCGCCUCCACAGAACACACCAGCAGCGUGUGA